AUGAAGGCCAUUGUGAUGGAUGGUGAGCCUGGAAAGGCAUCUCUCGUUACCGACCGUCCUUACCCGCAGCAAAGGCCCGGAUACCUCCUCGUUGACGUCAAGGCUGUUGCAUUGAACCCGACUGACUGGAAACAUAUCGAUUGGAUGAACCACAAAGGCCUCCUGGUCGGUUGCGAUUAUGCCGGCGUGGUUGCAGAGACAGGAACUAGUUAUUCGAAACCAUGGAAAGUGGGUGAUCGAAUCUGCGGCUUCGCCCAUGGCAGCAAUGAGUUGCAGCCCGAGGAUGGGGCGUUCGCUGAGCGGAUCACGGUCAAGGCUGAUGUCCAGAUGCGGAUUCCCAGCCACAUGUCGUUUGAAGAUGCAGCGACAAUAGGCGUUGGUGUUGUUACCUGUGGGCAAGGACUAUUCCAGAAGAUGGGCCUGGAUCUUCCCACACAACCUUCUACGAAAGGCGAAUUCAUUCUGAUCUACGGCGGAAGCUCAGCUACCGGCACAAUGGGGAUUCAAUUUGCGAAACUCGCUGGGUAUACACCCAUCACCACAUGCUCUCCCCGUAACUUUGAUCUCGUCAAAUCUUUGGGAGCAGUAGCCGCAUUCGACUACAAUGAUCCGGAGUGUGCAGCCAAGAUCAAGGAUUACACCAAGAACCAUCUCAAGUCCGUCUGGGAUACGAUCUCUCUGGAGAAAACAGCCGAACUUUGUGCAGAAGUGAUAUCGCCUGGCGGGACUUAUGGUGCGAUUUUAAACGUCAAGUUCCCUCGGGAGGACGUCAAGACUACGUACAGUCUGGGAUACACGGCGACUGGAGAUCCCGUGAAGAAGAAGGCUUUCGAGAGUCGAGACAAUACCAAAGACUUUGAGUUCAUGAAGACGUGGAUUGACGUAGUAGAGUAUAUUCUGGAGCAGGGACGCUUGAAGGUUCAUCCUCCCAAGGUGGGCAAGGGGCUGGAGAACGUCCUAGAGGGAUGUGAUUUGUUGAGGAAGGACAAAGUAAGCGGUCAAAAGUUGGUGUAUGUUUUGUGA